AUGAUCAACAGGCUUGCCGACGACACACCUGUUUCGCCGGCGAGUUCGGACAAACCUGUUUCAGCGAUCUCCGCUGCAGAGGAACGGAGCUUGAACACGACGGAGGAAAUCCAGAACCUCGCCAAUUUCAUUUGUGACAUGGAAGUCCAUCACCCAGAUCUGCUACGAGCCACUUUGCCGUCCAGUGCCUUGCGCUGCUUCGGAAAGGCAUUGCAGAAGAACUUCCGAGGCGACUUGCAUCACGUGAGCUUCCCAACGCAGACUAUCCAAUGCUUCUGGAGCCAUUCGUGGCACGGUUCGGCCUGGAUGAAGAUCCUCUUCCUCCUGGUCUACUACAACGGGCGAGCGGCCUUGGUCGCCGGCUCCCUCUCGGCGUUUCUGGGUCUGACCCUCUUCUUCUUCAGACUUUUGCCAGGUACCCGGCGAGAGUUUUCUCUCGAGGGCGCCACCUACGAUUUCGGCCCAUGGGGGCUGGGUUUUGGCUGCCUUGCCUCGGGCUUGGUGUUGCUGCUUUGGAAGCCGUCCGGGUCCGUGUUCUUGGAUCGGAUUUGCAUACAUCAGACGGAUGAGGAGCUCAAGGCAGCCGGGAUCCUGAGUAUCGGUGGCUUCUUGAAGCACUCUGAGUCCAUGCUGGUGCUUUUCGACCCAACCUAUACGACAAGGCUGUGGACAAUUUUCGAGCUCGCCGCGUUUUUGAAAGCUCAUGGGGAUGUUGCUCAUGCCUUGAUCAUCCGACCAACUUUCUUAGCCACAGCAGCGGUGGGAGUGUUUGUUUUUCUAGCCCUGAUCGCGAUCUGCAUCAUGAUUGCAAGCUAUGCUGAGAUGAGACAAACUCUUCUGGUGCUCGUGUUUGUGGAAUACUUGAUCUUUGCUUGUGGCGGCCAUUGGUUGCGUGGCUACUUUCAGCAAGUCGAUGAAUGCUUCGAAAGGCUCCAGAAUUUCAGCCUGAAGGAGGCCAACUCACACUGUUGUACUGUGGAUCACGUGGACAUCUUUGGGAACCCCAUGCCGUGUGACCGGAAAGUCAUCACAGAAUGCAUUCGCAGCUGGUUUGGCAGCGAGGAGCAGUUUGAAGCCGAGGUGAAGUGUCGAGUAUCUUCCGCCUUUGUGACAGGCUUAGGCUAUUAUGCAGUGCCCUUUACCUGGUUCAUGGGGGCGAGCCUGCCGAUCUUAUGGGCCUACCUCGACUUGAUGGUGGCCAGGCUUCGUGAAGGGGAAUGGUUCUACACUUUGGUGAGCUUCCUUUACACCUUGAUCAUCUGGUUGGGCAAUGGUCCUUUCGGCUACUUCAUCUGCCUCAUGUGCGCGUACACGCUUCGCAAGAGACGCGCCAUCUGGUGCUUGGACUGUGCCGUGACUCUUCUUGGCACGGGCUUUAUGGUGGUCCUGAGUUUGGCCAUGCACGCCAUCGGCCCGGUGCUGCGGGCGCACGCGGGCGACUUGCCGGGAAUGAUCCUGUGGGGCAUCCUGGUGGCAUCUUUCGCUCUCUUUUGGCGAUGGCUUUGGCUUCGCGCCAUCACGAAGAACCACACGGAGUCAUAG